AGAGAAGAUGAAAAAGGAAAAUAGAGAGGAUUUGGAUGAUAUGAAGAAUGAGAAAAUGUUUGGUUUACCCACUUUCCUUUAAUUAGAAAGAAAAGAAAAGGAUUAAUUUUGUGAGAUGAAGAUUUUUUCUUUUUUCUUUUAAAGUUUUGAAUUGGUCAUCAUAAUCUAAUAAUAGAAAUUGAAAAACGAGGAAUUAAAAAAAAAAAAAAGAAGAAGAAGAAAUCGUGUUCCUGUUUGACCCUUCUUCCAUUGUGUUGGCUGAUUUUGUGUGUGUUUCCACAGAAGAUCCAAGGCAGGCAAGAAGAAGAAGAAAAAGAAAUCCGUCAUACCCAUGGAGAAUCAGAGCACCUGUUUGUCCUAUGAGAAGCUCAACGGAAUGGCCACUUGGGUCGGUACCAGCGUCGCCUCCGCCUUUUUCGCCUCUCUUGAGCGAUGUUCUUGCAUCAAUCUCUCCACCUCCGACGACCACGAAGAUCCCGAAGAGGCUCAUGAUCGCCCUCUCAUGUACUGCACCUCCACUUCUUCCUCCGUCGUCAUUCGCAGCUUCGAGCCCCUUCCUCCUCCGGUCAAUGAUGUCGCCAAUCUCCCCGUUUGACCGCCUCUCUCUCUCUCUCUCUCUGGAUCUGAGGUCCUUUUCAAAUUAGUGCAGGAACAUGGCCACAUAGCUUUGUGGUAGCAGAGAGCUUUAAUAGAAAUGGCAGAAGAAAAGAGGGGGAACAAGGAAACAAACUGCAAAUAAACCCCUCUCUAGUUCACUAUUUUAAAUAUCACAUACAUUGUAAAGAAUAUUUAGAUUGUAUUUACUCAUCGACAAGCCAAGAACUGAUCUUUAUAUAUAUAUAUAUAUAUAUAUAUAUAUAUAUAUAUAUAUAUAUAUAUAUCUUGUAAUCCUCUGUUUCUUAAAAGUAAAUGUAUAAACCAUUUGAAUAUUGAUCAAA